AUGCGCUUUUCUAAGUUUGCCACAAUCCUUCAAGGCGCCAGCCUCUUUGUGGCAACCUGUGCUAGCUUUAAGAUAGCUCACGUAUCUUCGGAAUCUAAAAGUUUCAAUUGUCUGGGGCGCAGAUUUACGGAAGCUGAUUUUUCAGAUGAAAUAGACCGUGCAAACAGACAGAUAGCAGCGGGCAACAUGAUUCGUAAAGCAGCAAAUAUAAUUGAAUAUGAAAUCAGAAGGGACGGAGAAAGGAACACGAUAUUGUAUAGUGAUGGAGAAACAACUGACUUUUAUUUAUAUCGGCUUUCUGGGCACAAGUCCGUUAAAAAUGAAAACGGCUAUGCAUAUCAUAUCGGGUAUUCCAUCUUAAUUGAUAACUGCUAUCGCGUUUCUGCCAUGAUGAGUAAUGAGGAAUGGGUCGCAUUAGACGAAAACGCGGCAGCGAAUAGACAAGGAAAAAUCGGAAGACAAUCAUUUUGCACCAUCAAUACCUAA